AAGAAGAAGAAGAUCAGGGAUGAGUUCAAGAGGAAGUCCAGGGCUGGGAAGCGCCAGUUCCCCGCGAACUGGCUCGAGACGGGCGACUUCACGUGGGCGGUGUCCUACAGGACGGAGGCUCGUGAGCAGGCCAACGAGCACCGCGACGCGCGCCCGUUCUUGACGUUCGACGGGCUGCUGGCGCCCUUCAAGUGGUCGCCCGAGAACAAGGAUACGGAGUUCAGGAAGAG